AUGGCAUGGAAGGCCGGUACACCGAUUGCAGCAGCAGAUCCAGAUGCAGAGCCAUGGGGCAUGUACACGGUGGACUUUUUUGAUGUGCGCGAUCAAACGUUCAUUUCCCUUACCCCUGCGACUCAAGCAAAUGUCUCCCUCGCGCGCAAUGGCUACUUUGGCAUGGCUCCUGUGAGGCCAACAGUAGCAGUUUCAUUCAGAGCCCUCGAAGCAUAUCGCCAAUUACACCGUGUCUGCCCCCACCUCAGUAUUCAAGGCCAGGUGCGAGCAUUGUGCUUUCUGCACUCAGUUCCAUUUCGACGCGCAUUCGUCGACCAGUUCAGUAUAGCCUAUGAUGUGUACCUUGACAUUCUCCAUGAUGUCGGCACUCUCAUCAGCAUUGAGUUGGGCCACUUCAGGGUACCUCCUAUCCCUAGCUCUUAG